AUGAAGUCUUCCAAAGCCCCUACGCAACAGCCAGGAGCUGUUACGGGUGCUUCUGGGGCAGUAGAGCAGUGUGUAUCUAGCCACCUUAAAACAAAGACCAUGAAAGUUCAGGAUGGCUUUACGGAAACAGCUGCUGCGACAAUUCUAGGAAAGAGAUCGUUCGACGAAGAUGCAAUGCUCGUUGCAGCCCCCCUCCCAGGCCGUCCAGGAUCAAGGUUGAAGGCCCUCUUUGAUGGACAUGGAGGCUACAUUGUCUCCCGCAAGUGCUCAGUCCUCGCACCCACCUUUUAUGGCCGCAUGCAGGAAUUUUCGGCGAACGCCUUUGCGAAGGCGAGCUUCGCCCUCGACGCUGCGCUACGCAGCGAUCCAGAUGUUCCUAUCGGCCCUGGCUCGACAGGCAUCAUUGCUGUGAUGGAGGCUAUAGACCCCGGCAUCCCGGAGUAUAUGCUUCAUGUGGCAAACAUCGGAGACUCCCGUUUGAUGGUUCUGCACGAAGACGGCACUUUUACGCCAAUGUCUGUUGAUCAGAAGCCAAGCGACCCCUUAGAAAUGAGUCGUGUACGGCGAGCGGGGGGAUCUGUCAUUCGCACUGCAAUGGCCGUUUGGAGAAUUGAUGGGCGCCUUGCCCUGAGUCGUAGCUUUGGCGAUUUCCGCAUGAAGAACCGAAGCGAUUUGCUACCUUCUCAGCAGAAGGUGGUGGCUUUGCCGCACUCACGGACCAUCAAAGUCAAACCGGGAGACAUUUUGGUGUUUGCUUGCGACGGGGUCUUCGAGGCUCAGGGAAUGACGUGGAAGUUUGUGGCAAACUAUGUUGCUAUGCAGCUUCAGGCAAGCAUCGGUCCCCCGAGCGCAACUGGGGGCGACCUAGAAGAGACAGCAACGCGCCUAGUGACUACCGCGUAUCUCAUGGGGAGUUGGGAUAACAUCAGCGCCAUGAUUGUCAAGGUUCUACCGACUGCGCUUCCCUCAACGGUGGUGACCGCCGCGGAGACGGAUGUCUUGGGCACGCGGACAGAGCGCCCGACAAUGAUGGAAUCCGAAGCAACACUGGAGCGUAGCGGCGCUUGGAUGACGGAUUUGGGACUUUACGCCACCCUCUACUGA